CGCCGCACCGGAAACCUCCCAUCCCGCACAUCGCAGAGCAAGAAACGGACCAGACCAUCGCUUGAGUAAGAAGAGGAAGAAAUAAAAGAAGAAGAAGAUGCCAUACCUUCCUUCCUCCCAGGCUUUCCUGGAACAAUCGUCUCUACUACUCGAGGCGUAUCCGGAAUCUACCAAAAUCACAACCCGCUACAGUUAUCCUUCACGAUCACCAAAAUCACAUCCGAGAUCGAAACCCAAAAUCACCGACCCGGCUGCUACUACUACGGCUGAUUCGAAUGCAACCACCACCACGACACCCGUCGCGACACUUACUCUGAAAACGUGGCAUCCACCCACGGGAAUCUGUCUGAAGUAUAAAACGAACAAGGCGGCGGAAGUGGGACGGUUGAUUACGGGGUUGGGAAAACUUGCUGCGGGUGCGAAGGUGAAGGAUUUGGGGACGAGUGCUACUGCUCCUGUAGGAGCAGGAGAGGAUGUGGAGAUGGCGGAUGCUCCGACGGCGGCUGCGGCGGUGGUGGUAGAUGAUUCUGCGGCUGCGGCUACGGCUACGGUGGUGAAGACGGAUUCUGCUGGAGCGAAAGGUGGGAAAUCGAAGAAGAAGGGUGGAAAGGGAAAGCGAUGAGAUGUCAGUGUAGUGUGUUGGGGUUUGUGUGCUGUACGGAUGAAGCGUACGUGACGGUUCUGGCAUCAUCAACGAACGGGAAAUGGGAUAAGGAAGGGA